GUGGUGCCAUGCUGGCUGCUAAGCCAUUGAUCCUCGUGAGAACCUCCGAGACGACGGAGGACACGAAGUAGAUAAAUACAUGCACCUGAAGGCCUACCAGCCUCAUCCCGCUCAUCAACAAGCUUCCUCACCAGCCACCCUCCUGCACUCGCACUUUCGCAUCCUCUACACAAAACAAGCAGAUAUGCCAGGCCUCGAGUUGUACGGAUCCUCUGAGCCUGCCGCCCCCAGCCCCGUGGCUGAGAUCUCCGAGCCGGUUACUCCCAUUGAGGAGUCGGUGGUGGACGCGCCAAUUAGGGAACGCACGGUCUACUACAACCCCCGCCUCGACCCAAAGAACUACCUCGAGGGCCCCCUGUCUCUGAAUGCCGCGACACGUCUCCGCCAGAUGCUCGCAAGACCAGGCAUCGUGGUUGCUCCGGGUAUCUGUGACGGUAUCAGUGCACGCUGCGCGCUUGAAGCUGGCUUCGAGUGCCUCUACCAGAGUGGUGCCGCGACAACCGCGUCCCGCCUUGGCAUGCCCGAUCUGGCUAUUGCGACUUUGAACGACUUUGUCGAGGCGGGUGCCAUGCACGCUUCGCUCGACCCGACAGUGCCUGUCAUCGCAGACGCGGACACUGGUUUCGGAGGCCCGUCCAUGGUCGCACGCACGGUCACCAAGUACAUCCGCGUCGGCCUCGCGGCGUGCCACAUCGAGGACCAGGUGCAGACGAAGCGCUGUGGACACCUGAUGGGCAAGCAGGUCGUCUCACGCGAGGAGUUCGUCACGCGCAUCCGCGCCGCGGUCAUCGCGCGCGACUCUGUCCCCGGCGGCUCGGACUUUGUGAUCAUCGGCCGCACGGACUCGGCGCAGGUGCUCGGCAUGGACGAGGCCGUCUUCCGCCUGAAGCUCGCCGCCGACGCCGGCGCGGACGUGUGCUUCAUUGAGGGCGUCAAGACCGCAGAGCUGCUCACGAAGACCAUCGCUGCGCUCGCGCCGAAGCCUGUGCUCGUCAACGUCAUCUCUGGCGGCCUCACGCCCUCGUUUACCUGCCAGGAGGCAGAGGAUCUGGGUGCCAAGAUCAUCAUCUUUUCUCUCGUCUCCUGCGUCGCUGCCGUGCACGGUAUCCGGGCCGCGAUGCGCUCACUGAAGAAGACCGGCACGGACUUCUCAUCUGCGCAGGGCAUGGACCCGAAGGCGUUCUUCGAAGUCAUGGGUCUCAACGAGGUCGUCAGCCUGGACGCGCGUGCAGGCGGAAAAGCCUUCGAGGAGAUCUAAAAUACCAGCAGGGCCAUCACGUUCUGCAUUAUUCACCUGCUACAUGCUUCUCACUCUACACGGGAUAUCGACGCACUAUUUAGAUGGGCCCAUUUUUGCAUUCUGUAUUCACACCACAUACUUUAUUAGACCGUAUGUGUAGCGGUAUCCACGCUGUUUUGUACUCCUGCAUUGUCUGAAGUAAUCAAAUUCGCUUCAAGUUCGCUCC